GCCGCCGCCGCCAGCCGCCGCCGCACCGCUCCGGGCCGCGCCGCCCCCGCCAUGCUCCGGCCCCCCGGCUAUGCCCGUGGCUGGUGGCUCCGCUGAUCACGGCUCUGCUGGCGUUUCCGGCCCGCGCUGUCCCCCAUGGGCUCACCAGUGUCGUUUGUCCUGUCCAGGAUGGCGGCGUGCGGGGGGGCCACUAAGAACAAGCUGACGGUGUCCAAGCGCGUGUGGGAUUUCCUGACCAAGGAGAGCCCGGCCAAGCUGGCCCGGCUCAAGGAGGAGACCAAGGUGAGCAUCCUGGUGGACGGCGAGACCUCGGACAUCUACGUGCUGCAGCUCUGCACGCCCGCCCCGGGCACCGCCAACGGCCUCUACCUGGCCCGCAAGGCCCUCAAGGCCCUGCUCAAGGAGACGGAGAAGGAGCUGAAGAAGGCCCAGCGCCACGGGGAGGUGGUGGGCUGCGUGGCCCUGCUGGACAAGAGCGGGCCCGGGCUGGGGGCCCGGGGCCCGGCGGGCGGCGGGGGGCGCGCCGGUGGGGCGCCGGCGCCCGGGUGCUCGCGGGACGAGGAGCCCGACCGGCAGUGCCCCAUCUGCCUGGGCGAGAUCCAGAACAUGAAGACGCUGGAGAAGUGCCGGCACUCGUUCUGCGAGGAUUGCAUCACGCGGGCGCUCCAGGUGAAGACCGCCUGCCCCAUGUGCGGGCGCUUCUACGGGCAGCUGGUGGGCAACCAGCCCCAGAACGGGCGCAUGCUGGUCACCAAGGACUCCAGCCUCCUGCUCCCCGGCUACGAGAAGUUCGGCACCAUCAUCAUCCAGUACGUCUUCCCACCCGGCGUCCAAGGGGUGGAGCACCCCAACCCGGGCGUGCGGUACCCGGGCACCACGCGGGUGGCCUACCUGCCCGACUGCCCCGAGGGCAACAAGGUGCUGGGGCUCUUCCGCAAAGCCUUCGACCAGCGCCUCACCUUCACCGUGGGCACCUCCAUGACCACCGGCCGCGCCAACGUCAUCACGUGGAACGACAUCCACCACAAGACCAACUGCACCGGCGGGCCCCAGCUGUUCGGGUACCCCGACCCCACAUACCUCGCCCGGGUGCAGGAGGAGCUGCGCGCCAAGGGCAUCACCGAGGACUGAGCGCCGGGGUGCCCCCCCGCCCCCCGCCGGGGCAGCGGGGCCCCCCCAGCCCUGGCCCCCCCCCUCCCCGGGCACCGGAGCCUCCAGGCAAGCGGCUCGGGCACCGCCAGGGACGCGAGGAGCGGGCCGGGACCCCGCACGGGGGUGUGCAAGGAGUGGGGGGGGGGGCACGGUGCCACGCAGCCACCCCGGCACGGACGGACGGACAGUGCCACCCUGUACAUACCCCCCCCCCCCCGCCCGCUGCCUCCUGCAGCCCCCCAUGGACAGACGGGCAGGCUGGGGUGGGGGUGGGGGUCUCACACCCCUUCCCCCCCCUCAACCCGUGUGCCCUGAGCCGGGGAAGGGGUUGGUGCCCGUGGGGGGGCUCAUGGGCAGGGGGUUAAUUUAUUUUAUUAUUUUUAUUUUUAUCCCCCCCCCCCGUGUGUCCGCCCUCCUUCCCGGCUCUGUAACUUUGAUCCAAUAAAAAAUAUGC